AACCCCCCCCAAAAGAUUUGGAGCUAUGAUGAAGGACCUUUUGAAGAUCUCAAAGUCUCAAUCUUAAGACAGUCUCGAUGAUUUUACUAUUAUCUUCUCGACCACGACCGAUGCGAUGAUACGAGACCAGCUAAUGCUGGUGAAUUUACCCAGCCAUGCAUCGAAUCCCUACACAAUUUCGAAUCCGCCAAUCCGCAUAUACUCGAUACAUCAGGACACUCACACAACACAGAUCUCAAUAUAAUACGGAAUUGGCGCCAGCACUUACGAGAAUAUACGAAAAAGAUGAUAGGCUGAUUUCUGACCGAGAAGCUGGGGGUGGGACGAGACAGCAUAAUCUUCAACAAGAGACUUCACAAUGGCCGCCAAAACCCGAAAUACCCUUCCCGCUGGGCAUUCGCCUGCGUGGAAGCGAACAAGAUACUCCCUCGGGCCAGAACUCUGAUUUGGAUGCCAUAUCCUCUUGGGAGCGUCGCAUUCUAACGAGCCGUCAGGAUCGCGGAGACCAAGGAACUUGGAAGACGUUUCUGGAGCUUCAGGACAGAGACCAAUCGCAUCUCUUAACCAAAACUGGAGCUCUGUUUCUGCGUGAUAACAUCUUGGAGGCAGCGUUGACGAAUUCUGACCGGAUGGAGGAGCUUUUCAAGGUCGCAGGACAACUUCUAGAAACUCACGAUUUCAAUUGGCCUGAACUAUACCUGAAAGUGGUUCAUUUCUAUUUAGCACACGCUGAUUACGAAACUGCAUUGGGCUGGCAUUUCAAACUCAUGCCCAUGUUCCGUCCUGAUCUGGAUAGCUUCGGUGCUCUGCUGGCAAGUUGUGCCAUCGACUUCACUCCCAAGCUUCAGAGUACUUUGACCAAGAUAUACGUUUUCAGUCCAUACCGUGAGUUGUACGACUAUGUUGUGCCGGCUCUCUUCGAAAGUGGCCAGUCACAUGCCGCGCGUGUCUGGAGAAAAAGGUUCAAUCUUUUCAAUGACCAUCCCAAGUCGCCUAAGUCCAUGCCCUUCUUGGAUUUUCUUUCCCGCUACUUUUCCGCAAUCCAGCUUACGAAGGAAGAGCUGGCAGUACUCAAUGGAGACACCAGCGUUGGUGAUGGCGUUGGUACCUCUGUACAAAAGGAUACCCGAUUGGAAACGAACAGUAGUUUUUUCAGCGACAGGUUUACAGCACGAUGGUUCGCCAGCUCGUGGACUUCUUCAGAGUUUGCGAUCAACCUGAUGCAUAAGAUUGGCCUCCGCACAAUUAGCUAUUAUUCGUUGCAAUCCAUUGCGUUGAGAGAAGAUGACGCCCAUGGAGUUGCUGAUCGCCUGAAACAACUCCGAAAGUUAGGGAUCGAAAUUAGAUCCGGAGCCUAUUGCAAUGCAAUCAUCUCCUUCGCUGAACGAGGUGAGGACGACUUGCUCAGAACCCUUCUACACUGCGAUAUACACCCAGAAGAGUUUGGGAAUCCGGAGACGCGAUCAACGCUACUUGCGUCUUCAGCUCAACGGCAAGAUUGGGGCUUAGAGCGAUUACUCCAAGAAGUUGAAGGCGUGGCAGCUACUCCAGGACCAAGUAAGGAUAACAUCAUCUCCAAGGAUCUCAAUAAGCACCUGAGUAUGGCUCUAUCCAUGAAGCAUCUUGCGAAAGUCAGGAAUGUCGUUGAUAAGAUGGAUAGCCUGGAUGUUACCAUGGAGCAGAAGAACUCGAAAGCACUUCUAAGCCGUAUCUUUGAAGACAUAUGGUACCAUCCAAAGCUCACCAGACAGGGCACGCUUGACCGAGCUAUUCACCUCUCGUUGAGAGUCGCACGACAUGGGGUUGCCGUUCCUGUUCGGUACUGGCAAAUAUUGCUCUAUAACCUCGGACGUCUGGGACGUUUUAAUGAUCUAGAAGGGCUAAGUUAUGAGAUAUGUGAACUCUACAGGCCAGAGCCAGGGGGUUUGAUACCCGUGCAUCGGCAGGACCAGCCCCCCAAGCCUGAUAGCAAAACCAAAGAGUUGAACGGGGAGUCAGAGACUUGGUCUGAAUACUAUUCCUUCGCCGAUGGGAAGAAGAAAAGGAGCCAUUUUAAGGAGGAGUUCUGGAGAGCCGAAAUAGGCCCAUGCCAGAACGAGACAAACCCCAAACAGAAAUAUCACAAACGUUCGAAGAAUCGAAACGAUCCCAACUACGCAUUUCGUAUACCAGCAGAUCUGCCAUUCACGAACAGACAACACCCCAUACAGAAGAUCUUCGAUAUCAGUCUGCAGCGCGCCAUCGUUCGAUGGGGCUUUGAUCAGACCUUGGCGCAACAGCCGAUUCAGCCUUCUCUCGCAAACACCAAGCCAGUGGGGAUCGCAGACUUCGACCUGGCCUGUGGUGUUCGCUUGCUGGCUGUGCUGAGAGACAAGGGUGUCUACGUUGAUCCCCAAAUAGUGCGAAGUACAGUAAUAAAUCGUCUCGCAGUGGCUCGAUUGCCCAUGAGACCCAGGGCCAGGGCGAGAGACGAUAGGGAGCUCUCCCCAGCGAACAUGAAGCAACUGGUGGAAGGGGCCUGGGGUUCUCAGAUUCUCCCCAACGAGGCGCAAUUGGCGUCGGAGAUCGAGAAGCAAAAACCUAAGUUAUGGAAGAGCUAUCCUAGGCUUUUCGAAAAGAGUUAUGAUAACGAUGAUCGUAUUUCUUCUAAACCACACGCCUCGAGGACCAAAGAGAAAGGCUGGUUCUAAAUAGAAUAAUAAAUAAAAAACGAACAGAGAACCGUGACUCCAAACACAUCAGUGACA